AUGGCGGUUGCUAAGAGAACCGUAGAGCUGUUUUAUGAUGUCCUUUCGCCUUAUUCCUGGGUUGCCUUUGAGGUGCUGUGUCGUUACCGUCCAGUAUGGCAUUUAGAUUUACGGUUUCGUCCGUUCUUUCUUGGUGGAGUAAUGAAUUCAUCAGGAAACAGGCCACCUGCCAUGGUACCAGCCAAAGGUGCAUAUAUGGCUAAAGAUUUGAAAAGACUGAGGGAAUUCUAUGGAGUUCCCCUUCAACAACCCAAGGAUUUUGCUGAUGUCAUGUUAAACAAAGGAUCUCUGUCAGCCAUGCGACUUUUGGUCGCCACAAGCAUUUCUCAUCCUGACAUGUUGGAGCAUGUUUCCAGACAAUUUUGGUUGAGAGUAUGGUCUAGAGAUGAAGACAUUGUACUACCAGAGAGUUUAAAAAUGGCAUGCCUUGCUUCUGGUCUCAAUGAAACGCAAACUACUGCCCUUUUAAGCCGAAUCUCAGACCAAGACAUAAAAGAGAAGCUGAAAGAAAACACAAAGGAAGCUCUUGAUGCMGGGUCAUUUGGUGCACCAACAAUCAUUGCACAUCACAAUGAUGAAAAACACAUGUUCUUUGGAUCAGAUAGGUUUUUACUACUUGCACACUUGUUUGGUGUKAAUUGGGAAGGACCCUUAAGACCUCCACAAAGUAAUCUAUGAGAUCAACAGUGCAGAUAAAAAUCAGUCAAUAAAAAUAUAUAUGUACGGUCGAAUUAGGUGGCCUCCUUUUGGUGAAGUAACGGGGGCUUCCUAAGCAACAAAUAGAACCGAACUUUUUAAAUCGAUGGCYAGCAAGGUUCAAUUAUUAAAAAAAAUGGUCUUAUGGUCAAAGUAGGCUUAUUAAAUUACUGUCGCGAUGACUCUGGUGGUCAUUUAAGACCACGUCCAGCUUAUUAAUUGUUGUUAUUUUGUUUAGUUUUCCUUUCCUUUUAGUUAAGAUUAGUUUUGGCUUUGUUUCUAUUGUGAUGUCUUUUUGCUCGCUUUUUUGUUAUUAUUUUUUUAUCAGUUCUUUGUUKUCCUCUUCUUUCUUCUAUCACAUCACGAAAUAAAAACGAGCUUUCAUACUUMAAACAAAUUGAUUUAAACUUGUGUAGCGCAUACAGCGAUUUCAAAAAAAUGUUGUUGGAGACGACGGUGGUGGUCAAUCGUUUCACGAUGAUUGCAGACACAAAAAGAGCUACUCUAAGAGAUUAUUGUAGUCCAACGAAGGCCAUAUCUUGACAUAAAUUCUUCAUAUAAAUUAAAAAACCUAUUGCUUUAGA